AAAUGGGAGCGAGGAGGCGGGGCGGCCACAAUUUCGCGCCUAGCUUAGCUGGGGGUUCUGGUGGCGCGAGCGAGCUCCCGGGUUUUUACUGCCGCCAACAUGGUUCGUCCGCUGAACUGCAUCGUCGCUGUGUCCCAGAACAUGGGGAUCGGCAAGAACGGAGACCUGCCCUGGCCCCCGCUCAGGAAUGAAUUCAAGUAUUUCCAAAGAAUGACAACCUCUUCAGCAGAAGGUAAACAGAAUUUGGUGAUUAUGGGUAGGAAGACCUGGUUCUCCAUUCCUGAGAAGAAUCGGCCUUUAAAGGACAGGAUUAAUUUAGUUCUCAGUAGAGAACUCAAGGAACCUCCACAAGGAGCUCAUUUUCUUGCCAAAAGCCUGGAUGAUGCCUUAAAACUUAUUGAGCAACCCGACUUAACAAAUAAAGUGGACAUGAUUUGGAUAGUAGGAGGCAGUGCUGUUUAUAAGGAAGCCAUGGACAAGCCAGGCCAUCUCAGACUAUUUGUGACAAGGAUCAUGCAGGAAUUUGAAAGUGACGCAUUUUUUCCAGAAAUUGAUUUGGAAAAAUAUAAUCUUCUCCCAGAAUACCCAGGUAUUCCGUCUGAUGUCCAGGAGGAGAAAGGCAUUAAGUACAAAUUUGAAGUAUAUGAAAAAAAGGAAUGAUUAAUGUAAAGUUGUUUUCUGAUUUAUUUCAAGUUGUUCCCCAUCCCCUCCAAACAAUUAUGUAUUUUAACAUUAGAAAAAGUUACUUCUGUAGAUUUUAGAUAUAUGGAUAACUAUUUCUAAGCAAUGUGUUUUUAUUAACUAAUUAAUCUUAAUCUUAACUAGAUUUGGUUAAAAUUAAUCUUAACUAUGCUAUAGCAGAUACCAUUUGUGAAAUAUCUUACUGUAACUAUCCACCUGCCUAGGGUAGCAUAUCUACCAAGAUGUCACAGUGGAUUCUUCCCCUAAUAGCGUAAGUGGAAACCAAGACCUAUAAAGAUAGGAGCUAGACAGAUUAGUCCAAAUGUCAGACAUGGGUUAUAAAUAGAAGAGUUAGAACUCAGAUAGUAAAAGACAAUUAGAUCAAAAAAGGGGACCAUGAAUUAUUCUAUGCACAUCACGCUUCUGAAAAAAGUUCUAUUCAUUCAGGGAAUCACUAAGUUGAAAACUUCAUUAUUUUCCAUAGGGAUAGUAAAGAGACAGGUAAGGACUACCUUUUUGAUGAUUAAAAGAGAAAGUCUGAGACCUUUAAAAACUUUUUGAUCUUGCUUGAGAUUCCAUGGGAUGUUACAAUGAUAGAACAAGAAUAGGCUGCUCUUUACAAAAAUGAGUAAUCUAAUAGGAAGCAUAUGACUAAAAUUAAAAAUUCAAAGAGAAUAGAUAUCUCUAGAAACCAAAAUUAGUAAGUUAUAAAAUAAACUUCACAUAAUAAAAAAUGAAAGUUAAAGCAUGUUUUACCCAUCAUGUUAGCAAAUAUUUGGAUUUUUAGGUACCCAAAGAAAUAGCAUUUUCUGCCUUGUAAAUUGAUACAACUUUUUUAGAUUAUAAGUUAGCAAUAACAAUUAAAAUUCAAAAUAUCCUGAGUUUGGACCCAGAACUUCCACUUCUAGAAAUUAAUCCUGAACAAAGAGAUGGACCCAACAGUAUUUAUUGCACCAUUUUUUAAAACUUGGAAACAGCCCAAAUGUUGAACAAUAAAGAACUAACCAGUAUCUAUAAAAUUGAAUAUCCUUCAGCAGUUAAAAAGAAUGAAGUAAGUACUGACCAAAAAAAAAUGCCAAAGAUUGCUAAGCGAAAGAAGCAAAUUGUGUAGUUUCCAAAAUUUUUAAUAAAUGUAACUACGUGUAGGAAAAAGUAUGCUGCAAACUGUUGACACUAUCAGUUGGAUGUGUUAUUUUAUGCAUUAGGUAUGUCUAUUGUGAUUAGAUUUUUUUGAAACAUGUUUAUGUUCAUGAAAAAUUACUUAAGAAAAUAAAUUGAUCCCUUUACAUUCAGCAGUAAAAUUAGGAUACAGAACAUCAGGAGUAGAAAUAAAUUUCCUAAAAAUCUUUCAUAGAGGCGAAAAAAAACCAGAUCACACAGAAUGGAAAAUCAAAACUGCAUAAGACCAACAAACCACAAAAAAACAGUGGCACUCUCUGCAAGGAACAUAACCUGAAAACUUAAUAUCCAGAAUUUCUAGAACUCAGAUAUUAACAAGGAAAAUGAAGCAAGCCAUUUAGAGACGAGGAAACGCAAAUGUCAUAAAUACAUGCAAAGACAUACAUUCCCACGAGUAAUUGAGAGAUGCAAAUUAAAACUGCAGUAAGAUACCAUUCCACAUAUCUCAGAUGUAGCAUUCCCACCAAUACUUGACACUGUCAGUCUUAAAAUGUUGACAAUAUUUAUUAAGGUUGAAGAUGCACAUACCAUUUAAUCCAGCAGUUCCACUCACAUAAAAACUAAAAGAAAACCUCCAUAUAUAGAGCGAGACAGACAGAAAGAGAGAUUUGUAGAAAUAUGUUGCAGCUUUGUAAGAGUGAAAAACUAAAAACCUGAGGUCCAGUGACAGGGAAAUGAAUACACUGCUGUCUUAGAUUGGGUUUGCCCCAAAAGCAGACCCCAAGAGUAGAAUUUAAAUGAAAGCAGUUUAUUUGAUAGGUGACACCAGAAAGCACCAAUUGGUGUGGGUAAGUGAAACGGGGAAGACAAUAAAGCCAGUUCAAGGUCAGCGAGCAGGUUCCCAUUGGGUAACAAACUAAGUACUGCUGAGCUAUCUGGAAAAUGGGGGAGAAGAAAAACCAGCAUUUAUCCCCUACUUAUCACUGGUUGGGAGCUGGUCCCAGGGUUGUCAAUUCCCUGCCCUGUGUAUGGGCUGAACAUACUUCAGUUGCUAAAUAGAACCCCAGGUGUUUGCAUUUAGAAGCUGCUGGCAUGCACAAGAACAAGGAAUGCUAAACACCUAAAGCAAUUCCAUGUUUAUGAUUAUGUAAGAAUUUCAUACUCUUUAGGUAGUAAAAAGUAUAAAGCCAUACAUGGUUUGUUUGAAAUAUUUUACAAUUUAAAAAAAUACAGAAGCAGGAAGACCAAUUAGAAAUUCAGGUUAAGGGACAAUGGUAACUUGGGCCAAAGAGUUGGGCAUAGUGAAAAAUUGUGAUGCAGGAUAGUUUGGGUUGUUGGAAAAGUCAUAACGUAUUUUUUCUAUGUUUUUCGUUGCAAAAAUGCGUCAUGAUUUUCCGACAGCCCAAUAUUUUCAAGUUGGAGGUAAUGGGAUUUUCUGAUGGAGUUUGAUUUUGAUUUUUGGACCCACCAAAUUUGAAAUGCUUGGAAGGAGAGAAGGAAUAAAAGGAAAAGAAACAAAACAGAAUAUUGCCUUCAAAAUUCUGAGAAGAAAGUUAUUUUCAACUGAUAAAUCUAUACUCAACCAAAUCAAGGACAUUGGAGGUUAGGAAGAGCAAGCAGGGCGACUGUUGUUUUCACUAAGACUUUUGGGGCCAUUUAAUUUUAUUUAACCAUUUUCUUGUAUUUCUUUAAUAAAAACAAUUCUUAAGUUGCACUA